CGCUUAUUAGGGUAAAGCAAAACACUGAAGUGAAAGAGAGAGAGAGCCGCACGAACCCUUUUUUCCCAAAAAAAAAAUCAACGAAGAUAGAUUCAGAUCGGAAACGGAAGAACGAUUCGGUCUCCUCCACAGAUCGAUCGACGAAGGAGAAGAAAGACGAUCAUCACCGCCAUCAUCAUCACCACCACAGCAAGCAGCCUCGGAAGAAGAGUAAGAUGGCGUCUAGGGAUCAAGUUAAGGCUUCGCACAUUCUGAUUAAGCAUCAAGGAUCUCGCAGGAAGGCGUCGUGGAAGGAUCCGGAAGGGAAGGUUAUUAUGACUGUUACCAGAGAAGCCGCCGUCGAGCAGCUCAAGUCGAUCCGUGAAGAUAUUGUCUCCGGCAAGGCGAAUUUCGAAGAAGUGGCCACUCGUGUUUCUGACUGUAGCUCCGCUAAACGUGGCGGCGAUCUCGGUCCCUUUGGUCGAGGGCAAAUGCAGAAACCAUUUGAGGAAGCAACUUAUGCACUCAAGGUGGGAGAUAUAAGCGACAUUGUCGACACAGACAGUGGAGUCCACAUCAUAAAGAGAACAGCUUGAUCUUGCCUCUGAUUAUGAUAUGAUAUAAUAAAUGUAUCAAAGGUUCCAGCUUCUUUUCCCCUUUGUCUUCUUGACCAGAAGAACAUAGGAGAAGAAGAAGAAGAAGAAGAAGAAUAUUGUAGACUCUGAAUCUGUCUACGAAUUUGAUACAACCCAAACAUGUCAUUAAAAAACCAGACUCUGUAUCUCAUUUCUUCUUAAUGUUUCAUAAGCACAUCCCCUGUCGUAGACUUGUAUCAUCAUCUUUUAUUAUCUUUGUGAUGUUCUUCAUGCUA